AUGGAAGAGGUAAAUCCCGUAAAAAGAAACAUAGACGAAUCUGUCGAUCCUUCUAAAAAAUUGAAACUUGAUCAGCAAAUUAGAGCUACUAAAGUUGUUCAGGAAAAUGAAGUUGGUAUAACCCAAUAUAUUAACGAAGCCAAUAGAACCGGUGGUGGGUUUUUCGGUACGAUUAAACAAAGGUAUUCUGAUUUUCUUGUUAAUGAAAUUGAUCUUAAUGGCGAAGUUGUGCGUUUGUUAGAUGAAGGUGUCAAUCUUGGAAAGACAAGAAAAGAGAAAAAACUUGAAAAGAGACAGCUGGAGAGAGCUGAUUUGCAAAACAAAACUCCUGAAGAAAUUGAGCAAAUUAAGGAGGCUAAAAAGGCUGAGGAAGAGACUAAGAAUACUGAAGAUUCUCAAUCAAAGUACGAGCUAACCGAUGAAAAUCGUGCAGCUUUAUUAGAGUUAAUUACAGAUGAUGAAUUAAAGCAAAUUGAAGAGUUGUUCACGACGGGUAAUAAUAUGGAAACCAAAACGAGUUUUCCGGAAAAGCAAACCCGUGGGAAAUUACACCAAUUACUUCGUGAAUCAUUUCAAGGUAAAUUGGAAAGUGUCACUUCAGCAGAAAAUACGUUUAGAAUCGCAUUAGCUAAAAACUCAAAGAACCCAAGAAGAAAGAAUCCUCAAGAGAGUAUUAAUCAUGUUGAUGAAAAUGGAGUUGUAAACUAUGGUUUGGGCCCAUUUAAAUAUUUCUUGCAUUUCACUGUAUACAAAGAAAAUAGAGAAACUAUGGAAGUGGCUUCUACUAUUUCAAAAUUUUUGCGUAUUCCUUCGAAGAGUAUCAGAUACGCUGGUACUAAAGAUAGAAGAGGAAUUACUUGUCAGAGAUUUUGCAUCCAUCGUGGUAAGGUUGCCAGAGUCAGUUCCUUGAAUAAGGGUUUGAAGAAUGCUGUGUUAGGAGGAUUUGCUUAUGAAGACAAAUCAUUAGGCUUGGGUGAUUUAAACGGUAAUGAAUUCGUAAUCACAAUCAGGGACAUUAAAUCAUUUAAUCCAGAAGAAAAUGUUGAAGACGUAGUUUCAAAAUGUUUCACUUCUUUAAAAGACAAGGGUUAUAUCAAUUAUUAUGGUAUGCAAAGAUUUGGGACGUUUUCGAUAUCCACGCAUGUUCUUGGUAUUUACAUUUUAAAGGAAGAUUGGAAAGGAGCUGUCGAGUUAAUUUUGUCUGAACAAGAGAUUGUAGCUCCCGAUUCUAUUGAGGCAAGACGUAUCUGGGCGGAAACUGCUAAUGCUUCGAUGGCCCUCAAAAAGAUGCCACGUCGUUGUACUGCUGAGCAUGCCAUUUUGACUACUUUGGAUAAAGAGCCUUAUGAUGACGAAGACAAAUUCGGCAAGCAAUCAUACUUCAAGAGUAUCAUGGCUAUUCCAAGAAAUUUGAGAAUUAUGUAUGCCCAUGCAUAUCAAUCAUACAUUUGGAAUUUAGUCGUUUCCAAAAGAUUUGAGUUAUUUGGUUUAGAAGUACAAGAAGGAGACUUAGUUCUUGUUGAUAAAGAAAUUAAAACUGGGGCUAAUUUAGAGGAUGAUGAUGAAUUUGAGGAAGACGUAGCAACGGACAAAUACAUUAGGGCCAGACCUCUAAGUAAAGAAGAGGUCGAAAGUGGUAAAUACACAAUUUACGACGUUGUUUUACCAACUCCAGGUUUCGAUAUCGUUUAUCCUGCUAACAAGCAAUUAGAGCAAGUAUAUAUAGAUGCUAUGGCCAAAGAUGGUUUGGAUCCUCACAACAUGGCUAGAAGAGUGAGAGAAUUUUCAUUAGCUGGUUCGUAUAGGCCUAUUAUGGGUAAACCAACUAAUUUGUCAUACGAUAUUGUCAACUACAGUGAAUCAACUGAAUCUUUAGUUAGAACCGAUUUGGAAAUCUUGCACUUAAAGAAAGAAGCUGAAUCGAAGGGAGAGCCUAUUCCAGAUAUUAGCCGAGUCAUUGAAUCUAGUAAUGCAGAUGCCGACAAGAAAGCAGUUGUAUUAAGAAUGCAAUUGGGUGUAAGUUCCUAUGCUACUAUGGCUUUGAGAGAAUUUAUGAAGGCGGAUACGUCUCGUCUAAGUGAGAACCUUAAUGUUGUAGAAUAA